AUGUCGCACCUAGCGCCAGCACCAGCACCAGCGCCAGUACCGCAGCAAAUCUUCCUCAGGGAUUGCUAUAUGCGAAUCCAGACUCCAGAUCCCAGCUUACCUGACGGGUUCAAUGCUGCCAAAAUGACAACUCUCGUAUGGAACCAAACACCCGAGCAAGUCGCGAACACUAUCAACAACAUGCACAAUGCCCAUGGCACUAACGUGCAACUAUGGCUGAAAGGCGAUCUGGUGGGAAUGAUCUAUGCCGGCAUCUAUCGUCGCGGUUCCAUGCCCAUUGAUGUUACGCCCCAAACCGGCUUGGACGCCGACAACAACGUCAUUAGCAUCAUCCUGCCGUCGGGCGUCGCCAAGCUGGACCAAGUCUCGCCAGAUCCCAGCAAAGUGGUGGGACUCAAUAAGCAGGUCCAGUGUGUUUAUGGAAUCCACCUAAAGGAUCUCAAUCGGCCACUGGUGCCGAACGACUACCUCUAUAUUCGGAUGCAGUAUCUCAAGAAGUUUUUGGUCGACUUCUAUAAGUUUUCUGGGGGCAACACGAAGACCGCACCAGCACCGAGCUGGACUUACGCUGAUGGGCUGGGUCGCGUCCUUGUUAUAACCCUCGAGAAGCCGCCGAUGUGA